AUGGAAGAUCAACUCAACAGAGAACUCGACCUUCUACCAUCACCACGCACCGAUUCAUCUCUUCUCCGACUUCGAUCAUCCUCGUCGUCAAAAUCCGAACGCGGCGGUCCGUCGCUUGACCUACAGCUCUCAAUCAGCGUGGGUCCACCAUCCAUGCUGAUGUGCGAAGGAGUGGAGGCACUGAAGUGGGAAGCGGCGGAGCAAAUCCGGCUAGCGGCGAUGGAAAAGGCGUACGCCGAGCGAGUAAGGGAACUGACACGGAGGGAGAUGGAAAUGGCGCAGUCAGAGUUCGCACGUGCGAGACAAAUGUGGGAGCGUGCCAGAGAAGAAGUUGAAAAAGCCGAACGGAUCAAAGAAAGAGCAACAAGACAGGUCGAUUCCGCGUGCAUGGAGAUCACGUGUCAUUCCUGUAGGCAAAGAUUCAGACCUGCUUCAGUUUGA